AUGCCAUCGGCUGACAGUACACCCAAACCGAGUCAGAGCAGCUUGCCGAAACAAGAUGUUGUAGUGUCUCAACAAGGUUGGAGGGCUGAUGAAGGGCAUCCCUUUGCAAGCUAUGGGUCUAAAUGUUUCAUCGGAGCUGUAGCAGAUGAGUUUCUGUCCAAGUUCGGAGGGACAUAUGAGAUGAUGAAAGAUAACACGUGGCCUGAGUCACCGGAGAAGUCAGAGAUUGUGGCCGCUGCGAUCAUGGAAUGGGGGAAAGCAAACGAGGCGACUGUGUUUGCCCACUGGUUCCAGCCGCUCGCCUCGUCUGGACUCCGACAUGGCCAGACAGGGCAAGUCCAUAAUCACUUCUUCACCUUCGAUGCAGCCGGGCGGAGAAAGUUCAGUUUCAAGUCGGCUGAUCUUCUCCGGGGAGAGACUGACGGGUCGUCUUAUCCCAACGGUGGUCUUCGGGCAGGAACACAUCAUGCGGGGGCGUACACUGUGAUAGACUCUACUUCACCGAUGUUCAUGAUGGAAGACACCAUCUACAUCCCCUCCAUCAUGCUUUCAUAUGAAGGGAAGGCUCUGGAUGAGAAGGUCCCCCUCCUACGCUCAGAGCAGGCCAUGUCAGCUCAGUGCGCAAGGCUGCUCAAGCUCAUGGGGCAUACGACUGCUGGGGUUCAGUCCAACAUCGGGCUGGAGCAAGAGUUCUUCCUCAUCCCUCGCGAUUCGUACGACCGCAGGCCAGACUUGCAGCAGUGCGGGCGAACGAUCCUGGGCAAGAUGCCGCCUCGAGGGCAGGAGAUGUGCGACCACUACAUGGCGCCGCUGAACCAGCAUGCGCUCAACUGCCUGCGCGAGAUCCAGCACGAGGCGUUCAAGCUCGGCAUCCCCCUCAAGACCAGGCACAGGGAAGUGGCUCCGAACCAGUACGAGAUGGCUCCCUACUUCGGCCACGUGACCUCUCAGAUCGACCAGAACCUGCUCGUGAUGCAGCUCUGCGAGGAGAUCGCGGCCAAGUACGAGCUGGCGGCGCUCUUCCAGGAGAAGCCCUUCAGCGGAGUCAAUGGGAGCGGGAAGCACAACAACUGGUCGCUGGGAACCAAGGAAGGGCUGAACCUCAUGAAUGCGGGGCAAGUGGCGGAGGUGACGGGGAACUUGGAUAUCUUCCCUGUGCUCAUAGCUGCUGUGGUGACUGCGGUGGACAAGCACAGCGACCUGAUGAGAGCAGCCAUCGCUGACCCCGGCAACGACUUUCGCCUGGGAGCCAUGGAGGCUCCUCCUUCCAUCAUCUCGACGUACCUCGGGGAUAGCCUGACGGAGUACCUGGAGGGCUUCAAGGGGGGGAAGAGAGGCGAGUACAAGCCCAAGCCUCGCACUGUCGACACGGGAUGCGACCUCUUCGGAACCCUCGAGGUCCCCACGGAGGACCGCAACCGCACCUCUCCCUUCCCCUACGGAGGCCAUCGCUUCGAGUUCCGCGCGGUCGGCUCGGCUCAGAACGUUUCCAUGGUCAACACAGUGCUCAACACCAUCUGCGCGGACGCGUUCAAGGAGUUUGCGGACAAGAUCGAGGGAGGCAUGAAGGCUGAUGACGUGGCGGCCGAGGCCCUCAAGGAGCACUGGAAGAUCAUCUUCAACGGCAACGGCUACUCCGAAGAGUGGAAGGCGGAGGCAGGCAAGCGCGGCCUGUGCCGCAUCGACAGCGGGGUGGAGGCGAUGGAGCAGCUGGGAGCCGAGAAGAAUCUGGAGAUGUUCGCCAAGCUCGGGGUGAUGUCCAAGGAGGAGCUCUUGGCUCGCCGAGACAUCGCCCUCCAGCACUACACCGGGCUGGUGGAGAUCGAGGCAGGAUGCAUGAUCGACAUGAUCACGCAGAACAUCGUGCCUUCGGUGAAGGAGACAGGCAUCAGCACCGCUCAGAUGGAGGCAGAGUGCGCCAAGGUGAAGGCCAAGUACGAGGAGCUUGAGCACGAGGAGGACCCCCUGAAGAAGGCGAAGAUUGCUCGGGAGCUCCGCCUGGACGUCAUGGCCAAAGCAAGGAAAGUGGUGGAUGACGUCGAGUCCAUCUGCCCCGCUAAGAGCUGGCCGUUUGCUACCUACCGCGACCUCCUCUUCCUCGAUCAGAACCAGGGGCACAAGAGCAGGAAGUUCCUGCCUGGGCGAUGA